AUGGUCCACGGCCUCCAGGCGAGGGGGCCGCCCCCGGCUGUGGCGCCUGAGUCGUGGCCUCCGCCAAGGUUGGAGGAGGAGAAAGCAAACCCACAAAACUUCCCAAAUGGGAGGCAGCCUGGCCAGGCAGGAGGAGGAGCGGGGCGGGCCGGGGCGUCGCUGCGGGAUCUCAUCCAGGGCGCGCACUCUGGACGGUCCCCGCGGCUUCCCGGGGGCCGCCGGCUCGGCCAGGGCCCGGAGCCGCCCGCCCUAGGCCGCCGAGGCCCCCCGGCCCCGCGCCUCUCCCUGCCCCCCUUUCAUGAGCCCCACAUCUGUCUUUCCCGGGGGAGGGAGCGCGCUCCUUCCGCCCUGCUGGGGUCCCUGGCGGAGCGUCUCCGCUCCUUGGUGCUGCAGAGCUGCAGGGGUGGUGGGAGUGGUUCUGUCACCGGCUUUUUCCUACAGGUGGUUGCAUUUUUGGCGAUGGUCAUUGGAAAGCACACCUACAGUCUGCGGCUCCAGAGGGACUGCAGCCACUGGCAGGACCCCCCUGAGGAGUGGCUGAAGUGGAAUACUGUGUCCAUGCCACCCCCAGAGUUGGCUAGCUUCACCCAGCACCCAGAAUCCUGCAAGGCCAGUGAAGAUGGACCCCUCAACAGCAGGGCUAUCUCCCCAUGGAGAUAUGAGUUGGACAGGGACUUGAACCGGCUCCCCCAGGACCUGUACCACGCCCGCUGCCUGUGCCCACACUGUGUCAGCCUGCAGACGGGCUCCCACAUGGAUCCCCUGGGCAACUCGGAGCUGCUCUACCACAACCAGACCGUCUUCUACCGGCGCCCAUGCCACCGUGAGCAGGGUGCCCACAAGGGCUACUGCCUGGAGCGCAGGCUCUACCGUGUCUCCUUGGCUUGUGUGUGUGUGCGUCCCCGUAUGAUGGCCUAG